AUGAAGGAGCAUGAAGGACGGAGACUUACCCAUCACAAUCCCUACCGAAAGAAGAAUAAAACAGCAUUCCACACUAGUAGUAACAACAAACAUAAUGACACCAACGGAAACGAUCCAGUGCUAGAACACAUACUCAAGCAGCUUCGACCAUUUCAACGAGAAGCCUAUGACUUUUGCACCCAAGGCAUUUUGCCAAAGCGCAACUGUUCCAAUUUUGAUGAUGCCAAAGAGAGUUCAGGAGACUAUACCAGGGACAAAAAUACAGUCAAAGUAGAAGCCAAACCGGCAGAACCAACAACAACGACCAUUGUUCACAAUCCAGAUUUGAUUGGCAAGGGACGCAUUUUAUUGGCAGAUGAAAUGGGAUUGGGCAAGACGGUUACUUCCUUGGCCAUUAUGGCGCACUAUCGGGCCACAGAUUGGCCCUUAUUGAUACUAUGUCCAGCAUCCUUGCGAUAUACCUGGCCAGGAGAAAUUGAAAAAUUCAUGCCGUCCCUACCGGCUUCCAGCAUUUAUGUCGUCCAAGGAUUUGACGAUGCGGAUUUUUACGAAAACGAAGCGAAACGAAAGAAGAUUCAAAUUGUGGUGGCGACCUACAGUCUAUUGCAAACUCGGUCGGCAGCUGCCAAGACACUCGAUCAAUUUCAAUUUCAGUCCAUCAUUGUGGAUGAAUCCCACAAUUUGAAACAAAAGAAUACCCAACGAAGCAAAUUGGCCUUGCCAAUACUCGAGCAAGCCAAACGGUUGUUAUUGUUGAGCGGAACACCUGCUCUCGCGAGGCCGGUGGAAUUGUGGACGCAAAUAUCGACGCUGGCACCGGGACUCUUUGGCGAUAAUUAUACACAAUUUACAAAGCACUAUUGCAAUGCCAGACGAGGACGUUUUGGAUGGGAUGUCAAUGGCUUGUCGAAUGCGGACGAACUGCAUGCCAAACUCCAACAAAUCAUGGUGCGGCGAUUAAAGGCAGAUGUCUUGGACGAGUUGCCACCCAAACAGCGAACCAUUGUCAAGAUCAAUGUGCCCAAGGGAGAAAGAAGAAAGGAAUGCGAAUCCAUUUUGAAAGACUUGGCCAACACUCGACAAUCUCUUGCUGAUUUGGUCGGAGACGAUGCCAAUGGUGCCAAUUUUGAAGCUCGUACCUUACUCAUGCAGGCCUAUCAAGCAUCGGGAAUUUCCAAGAGCAGCGGCGUCGUGGAAUAUUUGAUGGAGUGGCUCAAGGGUAGCGGAACUCAAAAGGUCUUGAUCUUUGCGCAUCACAAGGGUGUCUUGGAUGCCUUGGAAGUGGCCGUCUCCAAAGAGUACAAAGCCACGGCUCACAUUCGGAUUGAUGGGUCGGUCAGCAGUUUGGAACGUGCCGCUCGAGUCCGCAAGUUUCAAACUUCUUCCAAAAUCAGAGUGGCCAUUUUGAGCAUGACGGCAGCAGGAGUGGGUUUGACCCUGACGGCAGCCACGACUGUCAUGUUUGCCGAAUUACAUUGGACCCCUGGCGUCUUGGCACAAGCGGAGGAUCGCUGCCAUCGGAUUGGACAGAGAAAUGCCGUCCACAUUUUGUACUUAAUUUGUCAGGAUGGAGACAUGAGUGUGGAUCCCCAACUGUGGAAAAUGCUGGCUCGCAAGAUUGGAACCCUGGGCAAAGUGAUUGAUGGAGAAAAGAAUGCUUCGAUGAAUGCCAAGGAGGCUCCUGCGAAUGGAAUGCCCAGCAAUCGCAAAAGACAGUCUGUCCAAGACGAACUCCAGAGUUUUUUUGCCGAGACGUCCCCCAAUGAUACGUCGGCAGCCAAUCCAAAAGUUCCUAUCAAGGGUACUAUCAUGAGUUUCUUCAAGAAACAAAAUGAAUCGGCCAAGAAGGAACCAGCAGUGAAGACAAGCCCAAUAACGCCCAAGGAAACUGUGCUUUCUCCUUUUGUACAGAGUGUCAAGAAAUACAUCAAGGUGGCUAGCCCACAAAAUUUGACAAUGACUUCGCCACAACAGUCAACUGUAGAAUGGGCCUGCGAGAAGUGCACCUUUAUGAAUUCGCAAUUGAGGGCCAAGAGUGGCUGGUUGAAGUGCUCCAUGUGUUUAAAAGUACACUUUGAAAACAAGAAAACCAGUCCUACGGUGACACCCAACAAUACCCAAAGCAGUCAGGAAGAACCAAUUGUCCUGGAUGAUAGUGAUGACAGUGAAACAGAACCAGAACUAAAACAAGGUACACUCAAGAGUCUAGGGAAUCCAAAGAAACGAAUGCAAAUCAAACUAUCCAACAGUGAGGUUAAUGUGAGGGUACUUGAUGCCGACCAAUGCCACCAAGAUCAGAAGAAAGAAAAGGUAUUCUGCAAUGUAGUAAACCUAACCGGCGACGAGAAUAUACCGGAGAGUCUCCCAUUGCAAAAGAAACGAAAGGUGGGAGUCCGAGAUGUCAUAUGCUUGGACGAAACUGAUAAUGCAGCGAAAUGCCGAGUCCAGGUGAAAUCCAUAAAACCUGCGCCCUCUCGCUCCUUUCUUUGCUUCAGUGUGUCCAAGAACAGUGGACGAAUCACAGUCCAUUUCGCUUCCACCAAUGAAUCAUCGCUUAUCAACUUUAGCCUCGAGGAAGUCCUUACCGAGGAGACAUCCAGUCGAUUGUUAGACACCACGAUUCACCGUCGCUCAAGUAGUACACUAGGAAUUCCACUUGAAUUUGACGUCUCAGCAGUCAAUCAAAUUAUAUCAAAGUUGAACUGUAUGUACCACAUAGUUAUAUCAAAGUUGGAGAGUUCAAAAAUGAAUGGACUAGUUCAACGAGAGUCAAUGAGGUCCGAAAUUGAAAAGUUCGUGUCAUCCUUCCAAACGCUGCGAGAAGUCGAGAAGCAAGCGAUCAAAGAGAGUGGUGAAGCUUUCUCGCCCCAUGCUCUGAAACAAGCCGCUUCAAAGUUAAUAGUAUCAUCGGGUGAGAGCAGCAUUGAACGGUAUGCUGGUGGAGCGAAAGAGCGUGCUAGGGAACGAAUGGAAAGUGGGAUUGCGGACGAAAGGGACAAAGCUACUCUAGAAGGAAGGCUAUGUGCAUGGUGUGGUGGACAGCUGCCAAGAGUCUCUAGAUUAGAAGGUGUCGAAUCGACUUACUGCUCCCGAGAAUGUGCAGAACAAGGCCGUUUGAAGCGGGGUGGUAUGUUUGCAUCGUCAAGAGUACGAGAACAAGUAUUCGCUCUGGAAGGGGGUAUUUGUCGUCUAUGUGGAAUAAAUGCCCAUGCAGUCUAUACUCGGGUUACUGCGCUUCAUCCAGCGGAACGUCUGAAUGCAUUGAUCAACGCCAACUGGAAACUUCCAAAGACGGCCAAAGCACUGGAGCGGUUGCUUCAAAGUCCCAAAGAAGGUGACUUUUGGCAGGCAGAUCAUAUCAAAGCUGUCGCCGAGGGAGGUGGAGGUUGUGGUCUGGAGAAUCUUCGAACGCUUUGCGUACCAUGUCACGGUGAAGAGACCGAGAAGCUUCGUGGACGACUGAAACUGGCAGGUGGAGCAAACCAUGCAAGUGACAUUGCUCGAGGGCAGAGGGACAUUCGCAGUAUGUUUGGUGUUCAAAAGUAA